CUGCGGCGACGGAAAUGGGAACCACUCGAACCUAUUCCUUUUGGAGGUUUACAUGAAGAACCCGCCCAUCACGACUUCCGCUGCCAAGGGCAUCAUCACCCCUCCUCAAAUGACCCGUUGAUCUACUCCAUUUCAGACUCUGUAUCGUUCCGCCAGCUUGCGCCCUACCGCCAGCAUGGCAGCUCAAGUCGCCAGCUCUCAGUUCCCUUCCAUGCCUUCAGGGAUCGCCAACAAGGCAGCACAGGUCGCGGCAGCCACCGGCCUUGUCCACGAAGAUGGCCCCGCGCCCAGCAGAGACACUGAGCCCAAGCCUCUCCCGGCGACACAGAAGUUCAAGCCAGAUGAUUUCGAGCUUGUUCGGACUUUGGGAACAGGCACAUUCGCCCGCGUCUGUCUUGUCCGCCGCGCUACGUCGUCAUCGACAGACAAGGACAGCGAUAGCGAGCAUUAUGCACUCAAGAUCCUGCGGAAAACUGAGAUUAUCAAGCUCAAGCAAAUUGAUCAUGUCCGGCAUGAGCGAGCCAUUCUUGCUGAAGUGGCAGGACAUCCUUUCAUCACAAGGCUGAGUGCCUCUUUUUCUGACCAGGACUCGCUCUACAUGCUCCUCGACUAUGUUCCGGGCGGAGAGUUGUUCAGCUAUCUACGCAAGCUUCGUCGCUUUGACGAACCAACCUCUCGAUUCUAUGCUGCUGAGAUCGUGCUGGUACUCGAGUAUCUUCACGAAGCGCAGGGCGGCGUGGCUUAUCGCGACCUAAAGCCCGAGAACCUCCUGCUUGAUGCAGAGGGCCACAUCAAACUGGUGGAUUUCGGAUUCGCGAAACGACUGGGCAACUCUGCGGACAAACCAGUCGAGACGUACACACUCUGUGGAACACCAGAGUAUCUUGCGCCCGAAGUCAUCCAGAACAAGGGUCAUACUGCCGCCGUGGAUUGGUGGGCGUUGGGCAUUCUGCUCUACGAGUUUCUAACGGGCUACCCGCCUUUCUGGCACCAGAACCCCAUGGAGAUUUACAAGCAGAUCGUGGAGAAACCAAUCUUGUUCCCCGUGGAGCCCCGCAUAUCCGAUGAGGCCCAAGACAUCAUCCGAUCGUUCUGCACCGUCGACCGUUCAAGGCGGUUGGGCAACAUUAGCGGCGGUGCUCAACGCGUAAAGGACCAUCCAUUCUUCAGGAGUGUGAACUGGGAAGACGUUUACAAUCGACGAACCAAGGGUCCGAUUGUGCCUCCUGUGCGGUAUCCAGGGGAUGCGCAAUGCUUCGACAACUACGCCGAAGACGAUGGCAAGCGGGCAGAGUACACGGCAGAAAUGGCGCAAAAAUACGACGACUAUUUCAAGGAUUUCUGACGGGAACGACGAGCGUGAACCAUCAAAGAUGGCGACAAGCGGACCGAGGGGUGUUCCUUUUUUUUUGUAUAUCUAGCAUGGCGCCCCUGGAGGGACUCGCCUCAAGCGUUGCGCUUUUUUCCCAAUAAGCUGGGCUUCUAUGGUAUACUGCGUAUCAUGGGCAUAAGCCGCAGUAGGCC